AUGCUGACUAUUAUAUUACCUGAUGAAUCUGAUUAUAGCGAAUUAACACGAACGUAUAUGGGGAUAUUUUAUUCACAAAAAUUUGAUGGUUUCUUAAAUACAACCCAAACUGGAUACGCACAUACCUCAGCAGGUAUUGAAUUAUCAUUAUUAUUGAAAACAGUUUACACUUCGGUCUGUUUCUGUACUGUGCAGCUUACAUUUUUCUGCUUUUUCAGAUCCAUAUUUAAGUCUUUGUACCAACCAAGAAGCUAUUGUGUUCCCAAAGAUGAAAGAAUAGAACCUUUACCUAGUGGCUUCUUGGUUUGGGUUUGGCCGACGUUGAGAUGCAGCAUUAGCUACUACUUAUCAAUGGGACUUGAUGCAUAUUUCUUUAUCAGAUACAUGAGUAUUCUUGUUCUUUUUUUCAUGUUUAUUGGUUCGUUAAAUAUGAUUAUUCUUAUUCCCAUUAAUGUGACUGGAAGCAGCGUUGAAUAUUCUGCAAUGGGUUUGGAUAAACUUAGUUUAUCCAAUAUUUCUAGAUCCAAGGUCUAUCGAUUAAAUGCUCAUUUUAUAAUGAGUUUAAUUACAAUUGGCUUUUUUCAAUGGUUACUACUUUAUGAAUUGCAAACUUUCGUAAAAAUCAGACAAUCUUUUCUACUUACAAAAAGUCACAGAAACUCAGUUCUUUCAAAAACCAUAUUAAUUUCAAAUGUACCACCCCAUUUGCAAGAUUUGGAUGUUCUUUGUAAUUUGUUUUCGACAGUUCCCGGUGGUAUUGAAAAUAUUUGGUACAUGUAUGAUUAUAGAGAAAUUUUAGAGCUUGUUGAAGAAGCGAAGGAAGCGUUAAAUUUUUUAGAGGAGGCGGAACUAUCAUGCUUGAAGCACUCUUCUUUGGAAUAUGGGAAAAAAUAUAAAAAAAUGGAUGCCUGUUUUCCCGAACAAUUGGAAAGAAAAGGCAAUAAUCUUGAAAAUGAGAGAAACAGUCUAGGACUCAAAGCUAAUAAUUCAUUGAAUCCAAAAUUUUAUCCCCCAAUAUAUUUUAAAUCUAUUAAAAUACCAAAACUUGAGAGAUAUUUUCGUUUGAGGUUCCCCGGUUUCUUGAGAAUUAUAUUUCUUGGAAAAAGAGUAUCUAUUAUAGAUUGGUGUAUUAAAACCCUUAACAUUAAACAAGAGUUAAUAGAUAAAAAAAAAUUUGCCUUGGCAACCGGUCUGCUAAAAAAACAUAAUAAGUUAUUCGUUGAAUUCCAAACGCAAACCGGGGCCUAUAUAGCUCAUCAAUGUUUACUUUCUCAAAUUCAAGGAAAUCUAGAUCUGACAUUAAUUGAAAUUCACCCAAAAGACAUUCUAUGGGAUAAUAUUGCUCGCAAUAAUACUAUUGCUUGCUUAAUCGAGAAAUAUUUUGUGAGUCUUAUAUUUAUUAGUGUUAUCCUAUUAUAUGUUAUCCCAGUUUCAUUUAUUGGAUUAGUCUCCCAGGUUCCCUUGCUCACGAAGUUGAUUCCAAGCUUAAAAUGGAUUUAUAAAUUUCCCGAAGAGGCUAGAGAUACUAUCUCAAGCAUUUUACCUUCACUCCUUCUUGCAAUAUUGACAGAUAUAGUUCUAAUAGUUUUCAGGUUCUUGACUUAUUUCAAGGGUAUGUUAUCUGGAGCUGACUUAGAAUUAAAUUUGCAACAAUGGUAUUUCGCCUUUUUAUUCGUGCAACAGUUUUUAGUGGUCACUAUCCUGUCGAGUAUUACUGUUAUUUUUAAACAGAUUGUUGAUCAGCCAACGUCCAUCCCAGUUCUUUUGGCAACUAAUUUACCAAAAGCAGCAACUUUCUUUUUUCAGUAUAUUACAUUAAAGGCAUUCGCCUUUUGUGGCAAUAAUUUUUUGCGAAUUGGACCCUUAAUGUUACAUUUAACAGUGCAUAAGAUAAAAGAUAAAACUCCCCGACAAAAAUUCAAUCGUAUCACUAACUUAUUAAGGAUUCGGUGGGGCUCCAUAUAUCCAGUUUAUUCAGUAUUUGCUUCUAUUGGAAUAUGUUACUGUGUGAUUUCCCCGUUAAUUGCAAUUUUUGUCAUUUUUAUUCUUUCUUUGCUGUUACUUUAUUACAAAUACGCAUUAAAAUAUAUAUAUAAUCGGACCAAUGAAUCAGAUACCAAAGGAAAGCAUUACCCCAUAGCACUAUUACAUUUAUAUACAGGGAUUUAUUGUUUGGAAUGUUGCUUAAUUGGUAUUUUCUUUCUACUGAAGAAUGAAAACGAUUCUUGUCCAAUGAUUAUACAAGGUUGGGUGAUGUGUAUCAUCUUAUUGGCAACUAUUUUUGGUAAUAUAACUAUAUACAAUAGAUAUGUGAAACAUUUCUCAUAUUUGCCUAUAUUGUCAGACAAAAAAUUUCGGGACCCUGCAACCAUUGCAAACUUGAAAGAUAAUUUAAACAAUACUCAUACACUGCAUGAGGAAAAAAAGCUGCCUAAUGAAGACUAUCUGAACCGCAAGUUAUUAUUUCUUCACCCCGCCUUCAAGUAUGAAAAACCUAAAAUUUGGCUACCUGAAGAUCCAUUUUAUUUAGGUGUAGAUCUAAUAAGAGAUAUUGAAUCAAAGAUAGACGGUUUGGAGGGAGGGAGUACAAACGGUGCAAAAAUAGAAUUCAGUAAUAAUAACAAGAAAAUAACCAUGAAAAUAACUAAUGCACCACCGGACUAUAAAUAA